AUGAAGUUGACUUCUCUGCUGCUGGGCUGCUCGUCGGCUCUGCUAGCUUCUGCUUGUGGCAACCACGGUGACGACAAGGAAUGGACCAAGGCUGAGCUGGAUGAGCUGGAGGCCAAAUGGGGCUUUGAGUGGGGUUCUAUAGGUUUCACGGGCAUCGGCACGUUUGCUCAUCUCAAGCACGCAAAGUGCUUGACCACCCCACAAGAACUCUACGACAUCGCCAUCAUCGGCGCCCCUUUUGACACAGCCGUGAGCUACAGACCAGGCGCUCGCUUCGGUCCCCGCGCGAUUCGCCAGGCAUCCAGCAGACAGACGUCCUUCCGUGGCUUCAACCCCCGUGCCAACAUCAACCCGUACGCCAACUGGGCCACCAUUAUCGAUUGUGGCGACAUCCCCGUGACGCCCAUGGACAACGUCAUUGCUCUCGACCAGAUGAGCACCGCCUUCAGGGAGCUGGGACAGAGGAAGCCCGUCUCCUCGUCUCUGAGCAAGCCCAAGCUGAUCACCCUUGGCGGCGAUCACAGCCUGGCGCUGCCCGCGCUGAGAGCGUUGAAGGAGACUUACGGCCAGCUCCGCGUGUUGCACUUUGACGCGCACCUGGACACCUGGCACCCGGAAAAGUACCCCUCCUACUGGACGUCGACCCAGUUCAACCACGGCUCCAUGUUCUGGAUGGCCGGCAACGAGGGCCUCCUGUCCAACACCACGUCCGCCCCCUCCGUCCACGCGGGCCUGCGCACCCGUCUGUCCGGCACGGACUUUUCCGACCACGAGGACGACACGGCGCAGAACUGGGUGCGCAUCGCCGCCGACGACAUUGAUGAGAUCGGCACGGCCGGCAUCGUCAAGACCAUCAUGGAGACGUUGGGGACGGAGGACCCCGUGUACCUGUCGAUCGACAUCGACGUACUGGAUCCCGCGUUUGCCCCCGGCACCGGUACUCCUGAGCCUGGUGGCUGGACGACCCGCGAGCUGAUCCGUAUCCUGAGAGGUAUCGAGGGUCUGAACCUCGUUGGUGCCGAUGUUGUUGAGGUCUCGCCUGCGUACCAGAACGCUGGCGAGGAGACGGCGCUGGCGGCGGCGCAGGUCGUGUAUGAAGUGCUGAGCUCCAUGGUGAAGAAGGGGCUGGAGGGGAUGGGCAAAGAGGGCAAGGCCGCUGCUGCUAUCGAGGCCGAGGUGAAGGAUGAGUUGUAA